ACUGUAGUUCUUUAGCCUGUGGAAUAAAACAAAGUGGAACCGGUGGGCUUCGCUUGCGGUCUUCCUCAGCCACAUAUACUUGAGUGAGACGAUCUAACGGCUGCCGCUUGAAACGUUCACUCGGCAAACUUAUAGCACAAUCAAUACCGAACAAAAAUAUAAACUUGUAAUAUUUCCAAGUGACAAUACAUUUUCUAUUGUUAAUAAUAAACAAUGUUCAAAUUCAGAACAUGAUGGGUUAAUUAUUGUACAAAGUGGCAGUAAAAAGUAUCCGCCAAUGGUUUUCAAAGAAGGUAUCAGAUGAACGUGCAGUAUUUAAAAAAAAUGUGAAAGUUAUCUAUUGUCUGUUUUUCUCUCUACUUUAGGUACAAUGGCUGAAUUACAUGAAGCACAAAAACUAUUAGGAAAAGCCAUUAAUACAGAUAUUAAAUUUGAUUAUGAUCCAGAACAAGAAAAUAAAAUGAGAACAAAAACAACAACAGUUGUUAAAUCACAAUCUAAAGAACCAACAAUUACAAGUUUAUUAGACAUUCCAUUCGGAGGUGCUGAUGAUAAUCUUCAUUAUUUAAAACAAUCAACUAAUAAUUAUGAUAGUGAUGAUUGUGAAGAUCUAAGAUCACCACCACAACAACAACAUAGCAAACGUACAAAAAAAACAAAUACAAAAUCUAAACGUCAAUGUACAUCAUCGUCCAAAAAGUCUACCUCACCAAAUACAAGCAUAUCAACUCCAUCAUCUAUGUUUUUGCUUGAUACACAACAAUUGGAAUAUGAGAAGGAUGACGAUAGUGAUUAUGAAAAUAAACCACCACCACGAAAACAAUCAAAUCAAACAACACCAUCUUCAUCAUCAAUAUCAAUUCUUCGAACACCAAAACCAUUAACUGGUAGAAAAAUUCUUAGUACAAAUUAUGAUAAUUAUGAGGAUAAUGAACAACCAUCACAAAAAGAACUCGUAUGUUUAUUAAAACAAUCAUUAUUAAGUAAUACAAAAAUCGAAGAUAAAUAUUUAAAACAAAUAUUGAUCGGACAAGAAAGACAAGAAAAUAUGAUUAAAAUGUUAUUUGAAAAUCAAAAAAAAAUACAAAAAGCAUUAUGCAAAAAAAAGAUAUAUAUACCAUUAGAAGAACCCAAUGUAGAACAACCAGUUGAAGAAAAAAAAUUUCAGACAGUAAUGAUAUAUAAAAAUCCCAAUGAUGGCCAUGAUGUUGAUUUAUUAACAAUAACUGGUGUUAGACAAAAGAUGAAUUUAUAUGUAACAUCAUUAAUUGAUAUUGUUUUUACGAAACAAGAAUUAUUGGAACUUGAUGCAACAAAAAUCAAAUUUAAUGAUGGUUAUAAAUUAAUACAAGAAGCUGUACGAAAUAAAUUUCGAUUAUUGGAUGAUAUUUUUAAAACUGAAUGGUGUAAUUUACAUGAAACAUUUUUAAACAAACGUCGGGAUAUUAAGAAAGGUUUAAAAAAACAACAGGCAACAGUUCAAACGAAUCCUUCAACACAAGCUUAA